AUCUGAUUCGUCAAUAUUCGGAAAGGUGGCGCUCGAAGAGGCGUGGUCUUCCGGGGUGCAGUGGCUUUUGCUCAGGGGUUGAGUCAGGACUGAGAGAUGGACGGAGGGAACGCAGACCUCGAUCCAGACUGGACCGAGAGGGAAUUCCAGCAGCUGGUCAAAGCCAUAGGAGGCAGGGAGAGUAUCUUCUUGAUUGGGGAGGUGUGCGAGAGCAGGGACCUUAUGUUUCAGUUCGUCAAUAACUUGUUUCCAUGUUCAGGGAAACUUUGCAAUAAACUGUCGGACGCGGGUAGCAGUCAGCACACGAUGGAGCAGCAAUGCAAGAAAUCUGAGCCCGACAAGGAGCGAGAGUUGGAGAGUUUAUUAGAAUCUUCCAGCAAGGUGACCCAGAUGGUUAAUGGGAGUAAGGAGCAGAGGAGGAUCAAAGCCCGGCUUAUUCUCUUUCUCUUCCAUCAAGAUUUCAUCUGUAACAAGCAGAACGAUCUCGUGAUCCGAGAGCUCCUGAAGGAUGUUCGGCAGAGGUCCAGCUCUUGGGAAGACUUACCCGCUCUCAUUGCGGUGGUCCACGCUGACGCUGUGAGCGGGGAGCUCAGUGUUGCUGUUCGCCUGAUAGACUACUAUCUGCGGAUAGUUUUUCAUCGGCACCCCGGUGAAUGUGUGCAAGCUCUACCUUUCAUAGCCAGCCAGCCAGACUCCAUGUUACAGCUGAAAAAGACCACCUGUAUUGUCCUCCGAGCUGUUUCGAGCAUGACAACAGAUAUGAGAAAGAGACAAGGGAUAUGUUUUCCCAGAAUUUACUGUUUCUUCAGGAAUACCAGAAGGCGUAUAGAGGAUAGACAAGUUAAUAACAUUCGGAAUUGUAUAGACCAAGCAGGAACAUCUAAGAAGUCUGCUUCACCACAACUGACAGUGGGCGCAACCUCUGGUGGCAGUAAAAAUGACCUACAGAUUGACUCUAGCAGAAAUAAUGGACUGAAUAUGGAAACAGAAGUUUAAAUGAGUUUUAUAAACAGCUAUUUUCUAUAUUAACAUGUUUAUUAAGGAAAACCAUGACCUGCUGAGAAAAACAAAUUAAAUGAUUGAUUUUCCAGAUUUGACAUUUUCUGGGGAUUUUCUUUAGCACAUUGAUUGUAGAGAAUUGUUAAUCUAGAUUAUCCAAACAAGUACUUAAUUUGGAAUACAGUUUUUGUAGCUCUCUCAGUUGAUUUAAUCUAUGAUCAGAAGGUAUGUGCAUUUGGAUUUAGAUUUGUCUUUCACUUAAAUAAAUUUACCAGCUGUAAAUAUUGGAAGGAAUGUUGGUAAUGAUUAGGAGAAAAAUCUUCAUGAAAGACCUCUGUCAGAAGAAGAAAAAUGUGCAAAACUGAUAUUUAAAAUCUCUUAACCAUGCUUCUUUACCUAAUAUACCUGAAUGAAUAUCUAACCAGGAAACUGAUAGUUUCAUUAUCAAUCAAGCCAUAAUUUUAACAUUUUUAAUAUUUUAGGACUUUAUCAAUUUAAUGCCUAAUGCAAGCUUUUACUACAAUCUACUUAUGACUUUGAGUUUAUUCUGAUUUAUUUGCUCAUGAAAGAAAAAGAACAUUGUCUUCCAUAACUUCAGCAGAAAAUUUGUUUUAGAGCACAUGAUUACUUAUUUUCAAGAUGACAAAUCUGAUUAGACUUGUAAUUUCAGAGGAAACACUGCUCAGAUUUGAAUCCUGUCCCUCAGAGCAUUAGCCUAGGUCUCUAGAUUUCUAAUCCAGUAAAAUUACUACUACACCACUGUUUUCCCCAGAAGUCAAAUUCAUGGAUUUGUAGGAAAAGCCUCCAUAUCUUUCUCUGCCUCUUUUCCAUGGCAAUGUGAAAUAUAUGAACUUUGAUUCAAGGUAUACCAAUUAGAAUAAUCAACUUAGAAUUAAUUUUUGUUUUGCACAACUGGGUACCAACAACACGUUUCUAGGAUUUUGGGUGUUUCAGGGUCUGUUCGUGAUUUAGUCAAAGGCUGUUGCCAUCGGCUUUAUAUGUGAAUAUCUUGCACGUUCUUUUCAAGGAAACAAUCCAAACCUUCCAUUGAUGCCACCAAUCAAACCAUUGAGGCUGACUGUAAGACUGCAAAACCGAUCACAUUCAACCGAAACUUAGUUAUAAAACAGCUUAAGAACAUAAUUUCCAAUCAAGUAGUUUAUAAAAUUAUUAAUUGAGAAAAUUCACCUAAAAAUAAACUUGCUACUUUCAAUCCAUCAAUAUUCCAUUGACAGUAUUGACUUUUAUACUGAAUUUCUAGAUACCAUGGUGCCAUUAUUUGCUUAACCUACAGGACACUUUUUUUAAAAAAAUGUUUUUAAUAUUGUUUAUAUAUGGAAAUGAGACCAGUAAUUUAGACAUAAGUGCUAUAAACUGUGUUUUGAAAACCUUUAUCUUUAUUUUCUCAAUGGUGCUGAAGAAAUUUUAAGAAAGAAGAAUUUUAGGACCGAAGACAUUGUAUGAAGAAAUAAAGUGGAUUAUUAAAUAAAGUGGAUGGAUUGUCAGCGUAAAGUUGUUAGGAGUGAAACUUUUUAUUACAGCAGUGGAUAAUAUAAAAUGAGACUUGCACUGUAAAAUAUGCUAUAUUGCUAUUUAGCAAAGGAUUUUGCACAACAAAGCUAUAGCUCUGGGAAAGGAGUGAUGAUAGCCAGUUUAGAGAAGAUUUGUAGCUCAGGAUGAGGUUCCGGAUAUAGGU